AGGGUGGGGCUGGGCCUCGGGGCUGGACGUACUUGGGUCACACUGGGAAGAUAACUUGGUCUGCUGGUCCCAUCCCUGCGACGCCCAGAGUUGUGUUGGGCUCACACCAGUGAAGGGCGGCUCUCCCCGAGUCUGAGGAUUCCGUGAAGAUCCUACACUUAGGUGCAAAGCCAGGAUGCGUGAAAUCGUGCACAUUCAGAUCGGCCAGUGUGGUAACCAGAUCGGAGCCAAGUUUUGGGAGGUGAUUGGUGAAGAGCAUGGGAUCGACUCAGCUGGGAGCUACCACGGGGACUGUGCUUUGCAGCUGGAGAGGAUCAGUGUGUACUACAACGAGGCCCACGGUAAAAAAUACGUGCCCCGGGCAGUCUUGGUGGACCUGGAACCUGGGACGAUGGAUAGCAUCCGAUCCAGCAAAUUGGGAGCUCUCUUUCAACCAGACAGUUUUAUCCAUGGUAACUCGGGGGCUGGUAACAACUGGGCGAAAGGCCACUACACUGAGGGAGCGGAACUGAUGGAAGCUGUCCUGGAUGUCGUGAGGAGGGAGAGUGAGAACUGCGACUGCCUGCAGGGCUUCCAGAUCGUCCACUCCCUGGGUGGGGGGACGGGCUCCGGGAUGGGCACUCUGCUCAUGAACAAGAUCAGGGAGGAGUACCCGGACCGCAUCAUGAACUCCUUCAGCGUCAUGCCCUCCCCGAAGGUGUCCGACACGGUGGUGGAGCCAUAUAACGCUGUGCUGUCCAUCCACCAGCUGAUCGAGAACGCAGACGCCUGCUUCUGCAUCGACAACGAGGCCCUCUAUGACAUUUGCUUCCGCACCCUGAAGCUGACAACGCCCACCUAUGGCGACCUCAACCAUCUGGUGUCCUUGACCAUGAGCGGCAUAACCACCUCCCUCCGGUUCCCAGGGCAGCUCAACGCAGACCUGCGCAAGCUGGCGGUGAACAUGGUACCCUUCCCCCGCCUGCACUUCUUCAUGCCCGGCUUCGCCCCGCUCACAGCCCAAGGCAGCCAGCAGUACCGGGCCCUCUCAGUGGCCGAGCUCACCCAGCAGAUGUUUGACGCCCGCAACACCAUGGCUGCCUGCGACCCCCGCCGUGGCCGCUACCUGACAGUGGCCUGCAUCUUCCGGGGCAAGAUGUCCACCAGGGAAGUGGAUGAGCAGCUGCUCACCGUGCAGACCAGGAACAGCAGUUGCUUUGUGGAGUGGAUCCCUAACAAUGUCAAGGUGGCUGUCUGUGACAUCCCACCCCGGGGGCUGAACAUGGCUGCCACCUUUAUAGGCAACAACACGGCCAUCCAAGAGCUCUUCAAUAGGGUUUCCGAGCAUUUCUCUGCUAUGUUCAGAAGGAAGGCUUUUGUGCACUGGUACACUAGUGAGGGGAUGGAUGUAAACGAAUUUGUGGAAGCUGAAAGUAACAUCCAUGAUUUGGUAUCUGAGUACCAACAAUUUCAAGAUGCCAAAGCGGUUCUAGAGGAAAAUGAAGAGGUCACUGGGGAGGCAGAAAUGGAACCAGAAGACAAGGAACAUUAAGCACAAGGCGCUGCGAGCCUAAGCUGCAGGGUGUAGUCACUUACACAACAGUGUCUCUUAAGAUGAGCGUUUCCCUGCAGCACCCCCGAGCCUAUUCCGCACUGCAGCAUAGGGAGCCGGACCCACACGCUCAGCAUCAGCUUCCACACAGGCCCAUGGGGGAGGGGGCCGGGGAAUAACCGAUAGGCAUUAGGGUCUUCUGCUGGCAUUUACUAACCUUGAAGAGUUUGAUAUUCAAAGCACACUCUACUAACUGUUUUGAAAUAGUAAAGUGAAUUUAUCAAAAAGCACUCCCUUUAAGAAUGUUUAUUGGGUAUUUACUGUAUGCAUAGCACUGUGCCAGGCCCCAAGACUAUGCGUGUGGACGUGUGGGGGGCCACCGCUGUUGAUGUUGUCAACUCGUUAGCAGCAGUGAUAAGCACCCUGGAAUCCUUACUUGGCAUCCCGGGGCUGCUAGGACUCUUACCUCUGCUUCUCUCGUAACACAUGAUGCCCAGGAUCCUACCUUCUCAUCCUGGCCAGCUUCCAGAAAAGCCAGGUGACUAACCGGUAUGUGGUGAGCUACCCAGCAAUGUAAAUGUGAGCCAACUUCCACUAGUAAAUGGUGUAGACCUGUGUACACUUCAGCACACUAACAGGAGAGGGGAAAAGGGAGGAAAGGAAAGUGGCAGUCCUCUCCACAAAAACAUCCGGCCCAAACAUCAAAAACAAAAACAAGCAAUCAAGAUCUUAGAAUAGUUUAGCUUUUAACAUAUAUAUUUAUAUAAGUUUCCUAUUAGUGUUAGGUUCUGGGAAUUCAUUAAUCAUCAUCUUUGGUUUUCCUUGUAAAGGCUAUUUCAAAACGCCCAUUUCACUUCCAUUCAGCAGUCACCUUCUGAGAAGGCUCUGGAGCCCCUGCUUUCAGAAGGGCACACUGCACUCCCAGCAACCAUUCAAACGCAGGAAUUAAGCAGCAACGGCUGCAGUGUCCUUCUCAGUUACGGAGGACAUCAUCUCAUUAGGGAACUUUUACAGUUCAAAUUAAUUUGCAGAAGUUGCCAUAAAUGUUUGCACGAUGACACAGCUUUAACCAUUACACAAUUUUAAUCUGCUCACAUUACAACAGGACCAAGUACACGAGAGCGUAAUCAAAUCAUCCAUAACUUCUUAAUUACAGUUUACCUAAUUCUGACAUACAGCACUGCCAUCCCUUCCAGGACCAUAAGGGUUUUAAUGGCCUUCUAGAAUUACCACUGAGCUGUACUAUUUGAUCCAUGCACAGCCGGGAAUGGGAAGAGGGUCCGACCCUCACUGCAGGAAAGUUACUUGCAGGCAGCAGGGUUCUGCCCUCCUGCUUUGCUCUUGUAAUCUGCAGUAAGAAGGGAGCAGGCAGGUGCAUAACAGCAGCUCAUUCUGGGAGACUUCAUUCUUUUCACAUAUGCAUCACGAGCAAGUAACUAAAAUAUGUACUGAGAGACAAUUAAGUCUUGCUGCUGGUAUCAUACGCCUCUUAUUUACAAAAUUUUUUUAAAAAGUUUUAAACACUUUCUACUUGGUUUCAAGAAGCACUAAGAACAAAGCAAGGUUUACUAAGAAACUGCACCUUUACACUCUUAGUUUGAAGUUCACAACUUCCUUAGAUGCUAAAAAGACUUACAACCUGUGAUUAUGGAAGAAUUCAUACACGUGCUUCCUCUAGGACUUUCCUUCUCAAAUCUAAAAAGGCAAUUAAAUAGAUGCAAGGCAGGCUAGAGACCUUAAUUAAAAAAAACUGAUUUAUAUUACUGUAAAGAUUUUCGUUUGAUCAAUAGUGAUCAUUAAAGUACAAAGAAAUUCAAUUUUAAAUGGCUAAACUGCUUUAUUUCAGACUAAAUGAAUUCCUUUUCUUGGAGCCUAACUGCCCAGACUGAUUAACUCGAGCAGCUAAAAAUAUUUCAAAAUGCAUCUCACCAUCCUACUCUUUCAUAUGGUAGAAAUAGAUUAAAAAAAAAUAACAACAAAAAAACCCUAGAAACCAAAAGAAAUGCGUCCCCUCUGAUUGUGAAGCGCCGAUUCCUUUAGCCGUAUGGUUGCUACGGCGACACUGGUCUCUCAGAGACGGAGAGUAGGAUCAGAAUUUUAGAGCUUGUCCGAUGCCUUCAUUUCACACACAAGAACGCUGCAGGAGUGAAGAGAUUAAUGAUGCCCUCAAAAUCACCCACCUGGUUAGUGAAAUACCCACAACGAGCUGUGACAGGGCCCCGGGACCUGGACGCAGUAGUCCUAGCGGUCACCCAGCAGGGCUGCGUGCAGGAAGUUUCCCUCUCCACAGUAUCAGUUCAGGACUUCUUCUAAUCACAAUGAGCCUCAAAGAAUCUUUGCCGGACAAUAAAUUUGUCUUUCAUUCAGUUCAUCCUUUCCAUGUCACAAGCCCUGUCCCUAAGUCUCACCUCUAAUUAGCCUGUCUGCCUCCCUAACAAACGACUUAUCUCUAAUUACUUGUCUGGAAAUAAUUUAACCCUUUGCCUAUCAGCUACUUCAUUUGUCCGGUAUCAAUGGCCCGACAGCCUUGUGAUUAAUUUAUUCCUGUCUCUGUAAGGAAAGAUGCUUCCUAGUACCUUACUCUUGGGGAUGAAGCACUGACAAGUGAGGUGCCUUGAUCUCAAAACAGCAGGACAACAGCCCCGAGGCAAAGGGCUCAGGGGCUCUUAAGCUGCUACUGCCCAGCGUCCCAGCUCUCCCACUCACUCUGGGGCUCCUCCUUCUGCGUCCGUCCUGUGCCGAGAAUUAAAUAAAAGCUACAGGUCAAGCAUCCUGGGGCAGGAAGGCAUCUCCAGAAGCCGAGAACAAAGGCAUUUUCUUGGGCU